AUGGGCAGCGGCUUGAUGCAGCUGGCGUUCUUGCCCGCGCUGCGCACGCUGGUGCUGUCCCUGGACAUCCCCCCCGCCUGCCCCGAGGCUCUGGUGGACCUCCCCACAGGCCUGGCCAGCCUGGCGCUUGCCAACAUGUGGCUGAGAGAGCUACCACCACAGCUGGCAGACCUCAAAGGCCUGACAGCCAUCAGCCUGGACCGCUGCAGCCUGGAGGCAGACCCUGUGCCACUGCUGCUGUCGCUGCAGGGCCUGUGUAGCGUCAGCAUCCGCGCACCGCCGCGACCCCUGGGCCUCGACCCGUCCUUUGGGGCCGCUGCGGGUGGCGCGGAGGUGUCGCGCGUGGCGCUGGUGGAGUGUGGCCUGGGGCGCGUUCCGGUCGGGCUCGCCAGCCUGGUUGCGCUGACGGCGCUGGAUGUCUCUCACAACCCAGAGCUGGGGGCCGACGUCGCCAACUGCCUCCCGGCCGUGCUGGCGGCGUUGCCUGGCUUGGCCACGCUGAGCAUGGCACACUGUGGCCUGGGGCAGCUACCACCCACGGUGGGGGAUUUAUCAAAUCUCACGCACCUGGAGCUGGCUGGCAACCCGCUGGCUGCUCUGCCAAGGCGCCCACUCGCCUGCGCUGAGCGGCUGGUGGUGCUGGGCCUUGCGGCCACGCGGCUCAAGGCUCUGCCAGCCUGGAUUCUGGCUGCGCACAGCCUCAGGGAGCUCGCAGUCAGCGCUGCCUGCCUCGCCGGACCACCGCCCGGCGAGUCAGCGACGAGCAGCAGCCGUGGCAGCGCCAGUGUCAGCGCGGCACUUGGUUCCCUUUCAAUAGGCCAGGGCGGCGCUGGCGGCCAGGUGGACAACCGGGAUAUCGCUGCUGGGCCCCUCAGCUCAGGGUGGUUGCGCCUCCUGCCAGAGCAGCUGCCCGGGCUGCUGCUGCUGAAAGUGGAGGGUGCGCUGUGGGAGGCCGCAGCUGUGCGCAACCUGAUGGGGCUGCUGACGGACAAGGCAGGAACCAGUCAGCUGCGGGUUGACCUCAUCUCGUGA